GUCACCUCGAGGUGUCCCCGCUGUUCGCUAAGUUUGGUCGACUGUGGCUCGUUAUGAACGACAUGGACGGUUUCCCAUCUCGCAAAGUAGUACUACUUUGAUGUUUCAAAAUAUUGUCCAAGGUUGCAUACGUCGUCAUGGAGGAAGAUUUAUUAAGGAAAACUUACCUGUUGAUCAACUGUUUAAACUUAAAUGGCGCAUCCAUGGAAUUCAUUAAGUGUAGAAUCUCGUGUUUUAAAGCAAUGGAAACAAUGUAUAAAAUUGCAAACCUGGGUAAGGGUGCCAUGAAUGGUUAUUUUCUUGGAAGUCAGAUAGAAGGGUGUACAUUACUAGGGCUAGACUCGGAUGAAGACAUCAUGUUUGUAAACACUGAUAUCACCGUUUUAGCCGAUGUCAACGAUUUUAUCCCAAAAGAGUCAGAGGAAGUGAUAUACAGCAGAAUUUCAAAACUUGAUCAAAGAAAUGAGAUUCUACAGAAGACGAGUUACAAACCUGAAAUGCCAUUCGGUCUGAUAUCGGAGGAAGGUGUAACUCCUGGAUAUGUAMAUAUCAUUACUAUCAACAAAGAGACAGGUAGACCUCUUACAGAGGAGAAUGAAAAUCCGUUGUCACACCUUUGUGACAUAGAUGAAAAUGGACAUAUGCUUUUCAGUGCAGAAAAAUUACAAAGCAGAAUUGGAGAUGCUCRCCCUUCAAGAUACAAACAUGGACCAGCAAUGACAGAGGAUUCGACAAGAGAGUUCAAGUCCUCAGAUCUUGUUUAUGGCUUACAGACUUUGUCGUGGCCAAAAUCAGCGGAUGAAUGGAAAACUAGAGAAAGAAGGUAUAAUUGGCCACGGGCACAAACUCUGCAACUUGCCAAAGAUGGAUGUUUUCUAGUUCCUGUUUCAUCGUCUAAAACUUCACCACCCACAGAAUGGCGAUUAUCGUUCACACUGCUGGAAAGGGAACUGAUUUGGACAUGGAAUGCCAUACAGUACAAAUGUUUUAUGCUUCUGAAGAUAGUCAAAAGAGAUCUAAUAGAACCUAACGUUGCAAACUCCAUCACUUCCUAUCAUAUGAAGACGCUGAUGUUUUGGUUGUCAGAAGAAAUGGAUUCCACGUUUUGGAGCAUCCAGAACUUUCAUAAUUGUAUUAGACAGUGUCUGGAGAAACUCACGGAAUAUGUUCUUGAAGAGCGUUGCCCACAUUAUUUCAUUAGAACAAGCAAUCUGUUAAGAGGCAAACUCUCCUUAGAAGAAAAAGAAAAGGUGAUAUCCAUUCUUACGACGUUUAUAGACAAUCUUUGGACUAAAGUGUUUGAACUUCCUAGUCUACGUGGUGUUUCUCAAAACAUCGAACAAGGACUGACCGAAUGCUUCGUUGACCUGCAGUCUGCAGCUCUCAGAAACCCAGUGUUGCUGAAUGAGAUAACAAAUCUACGCAUCAGCGUUCUGAUCAGUUUUGCCACAUCUGCAAUGAAGCCUGCAUUUCAGCUACUAACUGAUGGUGAUUUAAACGUAGCUAUUGAAAAGCAUACGGACUAUCGUCGGUUACUGUCCAGGCUACAUUCAAAUGACGAGGAACACUUAAAUCUCGUCAACGCCAUACAUCAUUUAAUAGACAUCAGCUUAGGUGCGCAGUUGUGUUCGUCAGCCUGUUGCGUUAAAGAUGAACCGGAAAAGUUAGAUCUUCUACAAAAAUCUGAAAGUUUGCUGAAAAGAGGUGAAUGUCUCGAUACGUCAUCGGGCAAGUUARAGUUAGCAACGUUGUACUUUGUUAAGGGAAACUUAAAACAAGCACUUUGCUGUAUUCGUGAAGUCAUGGUCAAAGAAGAUGUUAUGCCCUUGUCUGGAUUCGAACCCAGGAAUCCUGAUAGCAUAUCUUUAGAGCUGGUUCUUGAUGUCAUUUUAAGAAACCAAGAUCCUGUAUCAUUACUGGGCAAUUACGGAGCACUAGAGAUUAUAUUUCUGCCUUCAGAAAUCCAUUCUGCCCCCGACGCUGUAAAAUUUGAAAUAAAUCGGGCUAUGAUUGCGGWGAAAGAUCUAGAUAUUGGAUUGGACGAUCCAUUGAGAUGGGUUGCGUUAGAUUCCAGAUUUUAUGCGCUCUUGCUAGAGUUUCUUAUAUUACAUAAACAAAAUGUCCUUUCCGAAAGGGACAGCACAUUGUCGAAACUUCGAAAAUACGUAAAAACACCGGGUAUCCCCGUGUUACGGCGAGUGACGGCCCUAAAUAUAGUUGGACAUUGCCUGGCUUUGGUCGGCGAUUUGCAGUGGGCCCUUGAUAUUUUCAUGGGGUCUCUCAUCAUACAGAACCGUCACAAUGCAGCUGCGUGGCAUCUGGCACUGAUUGCUUGGAAAGAACUGAACAGGCUCAGUGUGAGAUGAAGCGCGUAAUUAACUAACACGUAGUAGAGGCCAGAACGUUACUUUCCCGAAUCAGUGUAAGGUCUGUAUCUGUUUUGUCAUACAGACUUUUAACGCCAAAUAAAAGCGACUAUUUUGUCCCACUCA